AUGGCUGCUACCCCAGAAGCCGCCAUUCCUGUAGACUCGGAUGGGAAUGUCUCCCUGCUGGAACUGGGCAAACACGGCCUGCCCCAUUGUGCUUACUGUGACAUCACCCAGGACCAGCCCUGCCAUGCCUUUCUGAUGGCUGCCACUGAAGCAGCCACGGCUGGCAUUGUGUCAGCUUUGGUUCGGGGCCCAGGUUGGGAAAUUUUGGACUGCAAUGAAAAGAAAAUGCUCCAGCUGCUAAUUCCACUGCUCAUGGCACUCAAGGGACAUGCCCAGGAAGCUUCAGAUGAAGUUCACUGUGGCUACAGACCCAAAUUUUCAAACUCAACCGUGAUGCAAGCUCACGAACUAUUGAACGUCCAGGAUGGUGAGUUCCCAUGGCAAGUGAGUAUCCAGGUCUCGCGGAAACACCUCUGUGGAGGCUCAAUCAUACAUCGGUGGUGGGUUCUGACAGCCGCACAUUGCUUCCCAAGAACCCUGUUAGAAAUGACCUUGGAAAAUAUCACUGUGGUCAUGGGAUCCAGAAUACUCAAGGACUCCCACCUGGAGAGAAAGCAAGUGCAGAAGAUAAUUAUUCACAAAGAUUAUGAACCACCUCACCUGGACAGCGACCUCUCCCUCUUGCUGCUUGCCACACCGAUACAAUUCAAUAGCUUCAAAAUGCCCAUCUGCCUGCAGAAGAAGGAGAAGACCUGGAACCGGUGCUGGAUGACAGAGUGGGUGACGGCUCCUUCGUAUGACCAAAAGGACAACUUCAACACAUACCUGCAGAAGCUGAGAGUGGUGCAGAUUUCCUGGAGAGAAUGCAGCCAGAGGGUAGACCAGCUCUCCAGGAACAUGCUUUGUGCCUGGCAAGAACUGGGCACCAAAGGCAACUGCCAGGGAGACAGUGGGGCACCUAUGGUCUGUACUGUCCACGGAAGCCAGAGGCUCUUCCAAGUGGGUGUGUUCAGUUGGGGCAUACGAUCUGGCUUCAGGGGGAGGCCUGGUAUGUUUGUGUCUGUGGCUCAAUUUCUUCCAUGGAUCCAGGAAGAGACAGAAAAGGAGGGGAAAGUCUACACCUUCUCAGGAACUCAGAGAAGAAGCUCCCUGCAUCAUGUUCUGUGGUACCCCUUAUGGUUCGGCUUGGGGGUCUCAAGUACAGGUUACCAGCAUGUUUACUGGUGAUAAAUCAGGUCACUAAGCUUCAGAUCCAUACUAUCUUCUUCUCCUCCUUUCUCCCCACCCAUCCUUACACAAGUACCUAUGAAGCAUUCCAGGGUUUCUCUAUCAGACCCUGGAAGAGGGACAUGGACUCUGCGAUCCCAAAUCUCACAGGGGCUAUUGCUCGUGCUGCUUGGUAGUGGGAUGUGAAAAUCAGUGAAUCCCAUGGACAUCAGCACAUGGCCUUACUCCUGUUCUGUUAUUACCAACUGAUCAGAAGUUGUGCCAAGUGGAAAGCCAUGUGAUGAAUAACUAGUCCUUUAGUGAGUUAUGGGUGGUUAGGUGGCAGAAACUUUGUGGGCAAGGCAGACACAUCCAUAUACAGAUUAACGCCUAUUUCUAUGAUGAAAAAUUACUGCCUACUCCAAAAGGGAAGAAGUCAAGUACGACUGACCUUCCACAAGAUAGGUUAUCUGUCUGACCAUCCUCAGCCUAUGCACAAUGGCCACAACAGGGUACCCUGAGGGCGCUCAUCCUCUAUAUGGAGUUGUACUUUCAGUGCCUAAUUUAACACCGUGUCCUCGUGACUCAAUUAAGGGAUGGGGUUAGAGGAUCAGUGAGCAGGUCACACUUAAAUUCAUCCUGACAUUCCUACCCAAGAUUUUGUAUUCCUUCUUUUAUAUUUUACAAAGAAUUCCAUUUAAUGUAGGCCAUCUCUUAUCCAGGGUUUUAGUCUGUCAACUAAACAAACAGAAUUACUUCUAGCUGUGCCAGGUUACUCAUUAGAAUGCAGAUUUUCUCUAAAGUGCUCUCAGACUGAUACAUUUGGUCCAAUCAUAUCUUACUUUAUCCUUUGCCUAAUUCUUUUAGAGGGCUUUCUUGAUGGCUCGGUGGUAAAGAAUCAACCUGCUAAUGCAAGAGACAUGGGU